AUUGCGCGCGGGCGGUCAAUGUUAAGUCAGAGUGACCCAAAUGUAUCUCACGCACAAGAGCGUUCAGUGCAAUUAUUGGGAAGAUUUAGCGGAGAUGGUGAGAGUUGUCCUGGAUUCCCUCCCGUGCCACCCCCGCCGAAACACAAUGGACUGUUCCAGUCAGACAUGUCACGAUUGUUGCUUGGAGAGGGGAGAGCAGCGUAGCACUAGAGCGAGAGAGAGCGUACCACUGUGAGCGUAGCACAGCAAUAGCCACACCAGCAGCACAGAGGGACAACAUCGCUUUCCCAUCCACUCACUCACUUCAGAGUCGAGGAGGCGAGGCGAGACUCGUGCAAUAACAGAAUCACACAUUCUUUUUUUCCUGGAGAUUAAGCCGAUUGUUUUCCGUACAAAGUAUCCAGAGGAAUCAUCGAGGAUAAGAAUAGCACACUUUUGACCCGUGGACAGCGCGACGUUUUGAACUUUUGAGCUUGGCUCUGAAGAAUUUCGGUUGACAUGUCUUUCGGUGUCGCGAGGAAAUAAAGUUGAGGUGCCCGGCGCGGCUACUGCCGCUGGGCAACGGAACUUGGAAUCAUUCGGCUCGCGCUUUCAGCUCGCGGAGGCAGUGAUAUAAUUUACAACAGCUAAAAACUUGCAGCCCUGGGAGCUCAAACGGGAGAUCAAAAUGUCGGCCAAGGCUGCCUCAAACAAGAGUGCGAUGGAGGAAACGGUGAUAUGGGAGCAGCACACAGUGACUCUUCAGAGGGCUCCGGGCUUUGGCUUUGGCAUCGCUAUUUCGGGGGGUCGUGACAACCCCCACUUCCAGAGCGGAGAGACCUCCAUCGUCAUCUCCGACGUGCUGAAGGGAGGCCCAGCCGAGGGACUUUUACAGGAGAAUGACAGGGUGGUGAUGGUCAAUGCUGUGUCUAUGGACAACGUGGAGCAUGCCUACGCUGUGCAGCAGUUGAGGAAAAGCGGCAAAAACGCCAAAAUAACGAUCCGUCGUAAGCGUAAGGUGCAGAUCCCGGUGUCGCGGCCGGGCGAUCGCGAGACCAUGUCUGAGCGCGAGGACGAGAGCGAGGACGAGGACUUCAGCGGGCCGGGAGGGUACACCGGGGGAGGGGGCGGAGCCAGCGCCGGCGGAGGUGGUUCCGGUACUGCUCGGCGGGGCGAGAGGAGGGAGCGUGCUGCCUCCCGUGAUAGGAGCGCCUCCCCUCGCUCCGUGGCCUCCAACGCUGCACCCCUGCGGCCCGCCAAAGUCACACUCGUCAAGUCCCGCAAGAACGAAGAGUAUGGUCUGCGCUUGGCCAGCCACAUCUUCGUGAAGGACAUCUCGCCCGAGAGUCUAGCGGCACGCGACGGGAACAUCCAGGAAGGAGACGUAGUUCUGAAGAUCAACGGCACAGUAACGGAGAACCUGUCUCUGAUCGACGCCAAGAAGCUGAUCGAGAGGUCAAAGGGCAAGCUGAAGAUGGUGGUGCAGAGAGACGAGAGAGCCACGCUGCUCAACAUCCCUGACAUGGACGACUCCCUCCCCUCCGGAGCCUCCGACAGAGACGACAUCUCGGAGAUCCAUUCGCUGACGUCGGACCACUCCCACGACCGGACCCGCGGCGCCCGCUCGCGCUCGCCAGACAAACACUCAGAGCCCUCGGACCUGUCCAGACACUCGCCACCGCAGAUCAGCAACGGCAGCCACAGGAGUCGUGAGGAGGAGAGGUCUUCGUCGAAGCCGGGUGCCAUCUCCUCCACGCCCAUUAAAGGCUCAGAGGAGACGCUCCACUCCCAGCCCAGCGACUCCAGAGACUCACAAGAUGGCAAGAGCAUACCCCCACUACCAGAGCCUAAGCCAGUGUAUGCCCAGCCCGGGCAGCCGGAUGUGGAUCUGCCCGUGAGCCCCUCUGAUGCCCCCGUGCCCAGCGCCGCCCAUGACGACAGCAUACUCAGGCCCAGUAUGAAGCUGGUGAAGUUCCGGAAGGGUGAGAGCGUGGGUCUGCGCCUGGCGGGCGGGAACGACGUGGGCAUAUUCGUAGCAGGUGUGCUGGAGGACAGCCCCGCCGCCAAAGAGGGCCUGGAGGAAGGGGACCAGAUACUCAGGGUAAACAAUGUGGACUUUGCCAACAUCAUCCGAGAAGAGGCUGUGCUGUUCCUAUUGGACCUUCCCAGAGGAGAGGAGGUUACCAUCCUGGCACAGAAGAAAAAGGAUGUGUAUCGGCGCAUCGUGGAGUCGGACGUGGGCGACUCGUUCUACAUCCGAACACACUUCGAAUACGAGAAGGAAUCUCCCUAUGGCCUGAGCUUCAACAAGGGAGAGGUCUUCCGUGUAGUGGACACUCUCUACAACGGCAAGCUGGGAUCCUGGCUGGCCAUCCGCAUAGGCAAGAACCACCAAGAAGUGGAGAGAGGAAUCAUCCCCAAUAAGAACAGGGCGGAGCAGUUGUCUAGUGUUCAGUACACGCUGCCCAAGACCCCCGGUGGCGACCGAGCGGACUUCUGGAGGUUCCGAGGCCUGCGCAGCUCCAAGAGGAACCUGCGGAAGAGCCGAGAGGACCUGAGCGCACAGCCAGUGCAGACCAAGUUCCCCGCCUACGAGAGAGUGGUGCUCAGAGAGGCUGGCUUCCUGCGGCCGGUGGUGAUCUUUGGGCCCAUCGCUGACUGUGCCCGCGACAAGCUGUCCAGGGAAGUGCCCGAUCUGUUCGAGCUCGCCAAGAGUGAACCUCGCGAUGCAGGCACUGACCAACGCAGUUCCGGAAUCAUCCGCCUACACACCAUCAAGCAGAUCAUCGACAGGGAUAAGCAUGCGGUGUUGGACAUCACCCCUAACGCGGUGGACCGUCUGAACUACGCCCAGUGGUACCCCAUCGUGGUGUUCCUGAACCCCGACAGCAAGCAGGGGGUCAAGAACAUGAGGGGACGCCUCUGCCCCGAGUCACGCAAGAGCGCACGCAAACUCUACGAGAGGGCACUCAAACUGAGGAAAAACAACCACCACUUAUUCACAGCUACCAUCAACAUGAACAAUAUGAAUGAGGGCUGGUACGGCUCCCUGAAGGAAACCAUCCAGCAGCAGCAGAACCAACUGGUCUGGGUGUCAGAGGGCAAGGCGGACGGAGCCCCCGAGGCGGACCUUGACAUCCACGACGACCGCAUGUCGUACCUGUCCGCGCCGGGCAGCGAGUACUCCAUGUACAGCACGGACAGCCGCCACACCUCCGACUACGAGGACACCGACACCGAGGGCGGAGCCUACACCGACCAGGAGCUGGACGAGACCCUGAACGACGAGGCGGGGCCGCCGCCCACCCCCGGCGACGCCCUGACGCGCUCCUCCGAGCCCGUGCAGCAGGACCUGCCGCCCGUGCUCCAGCAGCCGCCGCCCGGAUACGCCGCCGCUGCCACGGCAACCGCCACCGGUGGAGGUGGAGCGUUGAGCCACUCCCACCCGCACCUGGAUCACCUGGAUCACCUGGAUCCGGCGCUGAGCCGCAUCGAGCCGGCGGGCUUCAAGGGCCCGGUUCCGAUGCCGGUGCCGCUGCCCAUCCCUGCGUCCCAGGCAGCAGAGGCUGCUGAUCCUGAGCCAGCACCUUCUCCUACUCCUCCACCUGUUGCUGAUGCUGAUGAUGCUGCCGAUGCUCCUGCUCCUGAGGUCGAGGUGGCGCCACCUGCUGUUGAGCCAAUCGCAACUGCAGGCGCCGACCUGGCCACCACCACCCCAGCCAAUACCACCACCACCACCAACACCUCCUCCACCCCGGAACCCCCCUCCUCCACCUCUACCUCCACAGAGCCCCCCCUCCCCAUCACCACCACCACCACCGCCACCACCAUCUCCAACUCCAACUCCACCUCCAGCCUCAACCAAUCAGAGGCUGCGGCUCCUCCUGCUGCUGCUGCUGCUGCUGGGCCAAUAAGGAACAGCCCUGCCCCAGAGCUUGCGCUAGCCCCGCCCCAGGUCCCAGAGCUCAGCCAAUCAGAGGCAGCCACACCCACCAUGGCUUCCGGGGCGGAGCCAAAGAUGUACAAGAAGGAUCUGUACGGCAUGGAGGAGCCAAUCAGGUUGAACCCCAGCCCCAAGCUGCUGCAGCAGCCGGCCUAUCACUCGCAGCCGCUGUACGGCGAGGACCCGCCCUACCGCGAGUACGACCAGCUGCCGUACCGCUACGAGGCGGGCGGCUACCUGGAGCCCAAGACGCCCUCGCGGAUGACCUACGACCCCCGCGGCGUGCCCCCGUACGCCGCCGCCGAACAGCAGUACCACCAGCAGCAGUCGUCUCAGCAGCCUCCGUGGCCGACCUACGACCAGCCCCCUCCCCCGCAGCGGCUGCCGUACGAGGACGCCGGGCUGCCCACGAGAGCCUACAGCCCCCCGCAGCGCUACGAGGAGCCCCCUCCUCCUCAGACGCUGGGGGGGUACGCGCCGCCGGACGGACGGGCGCCGCGCUACGGCAAGCCGUUGGCGGGCUCGGGGCCGAUGCGUUACGACGAGCCCCCCCCGCCGUCUCACCACCACCCACAGCUGAUCAACUCGGGGGGGUACGCGGAGCAUCUGCAUUCGGGGUACCCCACGUCGCACUCCCCCGACCCGCCUGUGCUGCUGCAGAGGCCGCCCUACAGCCAGACGCCCCCUGGUGGCCGCAGUAGUAACUACGCCAACAUGGACGUACAGCAGCCACCCAUGCCCCCACCCAAACCUGAAGGAGGCCUGAUCUCGCCCGAGGAGCCCAUGAUGGCGCGGUCGCCACCCCCGGCGAUGUCGAGCAGCCCAGUUGGGGGUAUGGGGGGUGAGGAGGAGCCGGCCGCGAAGUCACAAUCCGUGCUCUCGCGCGUCAAGAUGUUCGAGAACAAGAGAUCGGUGUCGGUGGAUCGCGCACGCGACAUAGACAUGAGCAUGAAGCUGGUGGAUAUGACACCUAAGCCCGGCUCAGUACCCAAAGCCAACUCCCUGAGUAACCUGGACCAGGAGAAGACCUUCAGGAUGCCUGAGCCUCAGCAGCCGCCUGCGGAGGACAGCAUCGUGCGCUCGAACCACUACGACCCCGAGGAGGACGAGGAGUAUUACAGGAAGCAGCUGUCCUACUUCGACCGCCGCAGCUUCGACACCAAGCCCACUAAACUCAGCCCGUCGCCUAGCAACAACGGCGGACCGCCGCCCCUAAUGCCCAAGCCCACUUCACUGGACGUGAGUCCCCCUGCAGACCCGCUGGCGUCCCCCAAGGCCAACCGAGACCUGGUGCAGAGCACCUACCUGCCCCAGAAGAGCUACCCCGAGAAGGGCCCCCCCGUCAACGGGAACGGGGACCCCAAGACCCCCGGAGGAGGAGGCGGCGGAGGGGGGUACAACCGCUACGUGGCCAAGCCCUACACCACCUCCGCGCGGCCCUUCGAGAGGAAGUUCGACAGCCCCAAGUUCAACCACAACCUGCUGCCCAGCGAGGGAGAGGUGAUUAUGGGUGGUGGGAAGUCUCCGGUGAACAACGGGGGGAAGCCGCACGGCUCUCCCCAGCCUCCGGACCACGACAGCGGGGUGGACACCUUCACGCGCACCAUGGACCACCGCAAGUACCCCACGCAGCACAACAACAUCAACGCCGUGCCCAAGGCCAUACCUGUCAGUCCGAGUGCGCUGGAUAACGACGAUGAGGACGAGGAGCACACGGUGGUUGCCACGGCGCGGGGCAUCUUCAACGGCAACGGCGGCGUGCUGAGCUCCAUAGAGACGGGCGUCAGCAUCAUCAUCCCCCAGGGUGCCAUCCCCGACGGCAUAGAGCAGGAGAUCUACUUCAAGGUGUGCCGCGACAACAGCAUCCUGCCGCCCCUGGACAAGGAGAAAGGCGAGACGCUGCUGAGCCCCCUGGUGAUGUGCGGUCCUCACGGCCUGAAGUUCCUGAAGCCGGUGGAGCUCCGCCUCCCUCACUGUGCGUCUAUGAGCCCUGGUGGUGACGGUGACCCCAAGAGUUGGCAGAACAAGGCGCUGCAGGGGGACCCUAACUACCUGGUGGGGGCCAACUGCGUAUCCGUGCUGAUCGACCACUUCUAACCACAAGAGGGCGCCAGAGAACCAUAUUGGGGGAAGAAGAAGUAGUAGUAGAGGAAGAAGACGAAGAUGAAGGAGAAGAAGAAAGGUAUAGCAGAAAACAAAGAUGAAGAAGAUGAUGGAGAAGAAGAAGUAGAAGAAAGAGAAGAAGAACAA